AUGGUCGCCCUCGAAGCCCCGACGCCUCCCCUGCCCAACAAUGGCACGCAUCGUUCCUGCUGGUUCGACGGCAACGGCCAUCGCGUCUGCGCCGAUUGGGCGAAGCAGGCACAUAACCUGACGGAGAUUCAUCGUGAGGGAGGUUCGUCUCCCCCAUACACAUUACCCAUUACACCCAGUGAGCUGAUUUGUUCUCUCUCUCUCUCUCAUAUGAAAUAGGUGUGGCGGACCUGCACCACGAACACUCCCAGAAUACCACGGGGAAUAUCCACGGCGUGACGUUCCAGCCUCCUACUACCUCUGGUGGACCAUCGUCGCAGCAGCAGCCGCCCGCGGCGAGUUUCGAACAGCAUGCCUCGCAGGCUUCGGCGGGGUUUCGGGAUGCGCAUGAGGAUGCGGAGGAGAGUGCGGAUCAUGUGGAAAGUUCGGGGGUUGGGGAUCAGUCGUGGAAGUUCAACAGUACCGGCAGCGGUAGUCCUGCCAAGAAUAAUAAUGAUGAUGAUGAAGCAGGGGGGAAGAAGAAAGAGGAAGAUUUCUGGAAGGAGAAUGGAUUCCACCACCUGUCGGACGAGAAGACGGAUCGGAUCCAGGGGACGACGGAUACGAGCCAGGUGGAUUCGGAGCAUGGGGCGUUCUCGGCGGAGUAUGCGAAUGGAGGCGGGGAGGAGGGCAAGUUUGUGGGCACGCAUGACGGGGAGCAUCAGAUGGAAGAGCACGUGGACGCCAAGGGGGUGGAUGGGCCGGUGUAUGAUUUGCAGGAGGAGAGUUCGGAGGAGACGGUGGCGAGUGGGAGUUUCGAUACGUGGGGUGGGCUGGAGGAGGUGACGAAGGAUUGGGGGGAGAGGAUGGAAGGGGCGAGUCCGGCGCCUUUGAUGGGGAUGCGGAUGGGGGGGUGGAAGAGGGGGGUGGAGGGGGUGGAGGGGGAGGUGCAUAAGGGGUGUGCGGCUCUGAUGGUUCUGUUUGUGUUGGUGGUUGUGGUCGGGGUUACGGUGGGGAGUGUGAGGAAGGGGAGGGUUGGGCGGGAGGCGAAGAGGGAGAGGGGGAGGGAGAGGGAGGUGCUCUUGGAGGGGGGAGAGAAGGGGGUUGAAGCGUAG